GGCCCUGGUGGCUGGCAGGGAAUGCCAGGUCUCCUCUCGCGUGAGGCCAGUGGCCUGCACAGCCCCCUUUAAGGAGCGCUCUGCCAUCCAGUCUUAAUUUUAGCUUGGAGGCGUGCCACCAGCAGCUUUAACUAGAGGCUGGCUGAAGUUAUGCAGGACAGCUGUCAGCCGGCAUGCAGGGUGGGGCCUAUUUAGCCGGCAGGGGCACCAGUCUGGAGACCCUAAGCUUGUUCUUUCUGCCCCAGGACUAUCAACGAUACCAGCCACAAGGCUCUGCUCUCCUCCUGAAGGUACCUCAGCCUCACGAUGAUGACCGAAGAACACACAGAUCUGGAGGCACGGAUCAUCAAGGACAUUCACUGCAAGGAGAUAGACUUGGUGAAUCGCGACCCCAAGAACAUCAAUGAGGACAUUGUGAAGGUAGAUUUUGAAGACGUGAUUGCGGAGCCCGAGGGCACCUACAGCUUUGACGGUGUGUGGAAGGUGAGCUACACCACUUUCACCGUCUCCAAGUACUGGUGCUACCGCCUGCUGUCUACACUGCUGGGUGUUCCACUGGCCCUGCUCUGGGGAUUCCUGUUCGCCUGUAUCUCCUUCUGCCACAUCUGGGCCGUGGUGCCCUGCAUUAAGAGCUACCUGAUCGAGAUCCAGUGCAUCAGCCAUAUCUACUCACUGUGUAUCCGCACCUUCUGCAACCCGCUCUUUGCUGCACUGGGCCAGGUCUGCAGCAACAUUAAGGUGGUGCUGCGAAGGGAAGGCUAAAGCCAGGCUGGGCUGUGGGGAAGGCUGGGCAGGGGGAACAAGGCCAGGUGAGCACCCGUGGCUCUGCUCCACAUGGGCUGCCGGAGAGCUCAUCCUUUUGAGACUCCUCUCAAUUCCACCUCAAGAUGGGAAUACACGGUGCAGGGGGGAGCCAAAAGGAAAAGACAGCCCAUUGUGGAAACACAGGCAUCCUUGCUCUGCUCAGCCUACCAUGAUCCCCGGCGACCCUGCCUGAGCGGAGGGUUCCUUAAGAGGCAGCUAGCGCAAGGCUUUGCGUUCACAUGUACUGUAAUAGCACAAACCAGCACCAGUCUUCUAGAGGUGUGACUUGUCUCCUCAUGCUAGGGAGAGCAAGAGGUGACUGCCAGCAUGAAGAAGGUGCUACAAUAAAGGGUUUCGGCUGCACCAGGGAACACUAUGCUUUGUUUGUGUCUGUGAGGUGGUUGUGUGUCCUUCACUAGUUCUGAAACCCAGAAAAUUCAGGUAGUCCUCUGAAACUGAAAACCAGAACUAAACUUUGUUUCCUUCAGGAUUCUGUUCGUUGGCUGGGCAUAAUAGGGUCUCCCGCACAAGGAGAUUAUUUUCAAAUUACUUCUGCUGUCCCUGAGGCAGCUGAGGAGUGCCAAGGGCAGGUGAGCAUCCCCGGGCACUGGUGAAAGUAGGCCCCAACCUCAGACCUCUUGGAAUCCCCCCUCUGGCUCAGAAGAUACUGAGCUGGGAACACACUGGGUCUCACCAUUGGGCCUGUGUGUACCAUCAGCCCUAACAAACGUCAUGAAUGC